AUGAAUACAAUAUUGGAAUAUCCGCUCGAAGCUCUUGCUUUUAAUUACUUGAGCUUCGGUUUCUUAACUGUCGUCUACAAUGUUUGGGCGUGGGUCGCCGUUAUUACCGCCGCCGUUAGCUUCUGGAGGAUCAAAACUUCUUCAACUUUGCCCUUACCGGAGCCACGUGGCGACUUUUCCGGUGCCCCAUCUCCAUCUCCACCGCCGCCAACCUCGGUACCAUCAUGUUCAUCAUCACCGCAGGUUGAGAGGGUAGCAAAAGAACCUUCUUCAACAGUUACUACUGAGAUGUACCCUGGUGUUUCUAUGAACAAAGAAGAAGGAACAAAAGGGAAACUAACGGUGUAUUUUAAGCAAGAUGACGGCGAAGAAUGUGACGUCGAUGGAGACGACGGUGAUCAGGACGGAGAAGACGGCGCCGUUGAAAUGUGGUUUGAGAAUUGGGAAAAUUUAUUGAAAAUGAGAAAUGGGGAAAUGGGUUGGUAUAGAUGCCAGGACAUGAAAGUAAUUGACGGCAACGUAGUUAGGUUGUGGGACGGUUGUAGACGGCGGAGGAAGGCGGAAACCACCGCUUUCUCAGUUGGCGUAGGUAGUACUUGGUAG